AUGGACUCCCGCACCACCGCCCAGGAUGUUAUGCGAUGUAACAUUUGUGAAACCAGUAUAGUUCAGAUGCACUGUGAUACAUGCUUUGUCAAUCUGUGCAAGGUGUGUGUUGGAGAGCACUUUUCAAAUGAUCUCUACAAAGCUCACAGAAUCGUUGACAUCAAGGACAGAAACUCCACUCUCAUCUUCCCUCAGUGUGCCACUCAUUCAAAAAACAUUUGCGAGUCUUUCUGCGAAGAUUGUAACAUUCCUCUGUGUAUUAAGUGUGUAAUCUCUAAUGACACACAUAAGGAGCAUAAUCUCUCCAUAAUGUCAGAUAUGUUCGAUUAUAAGAAGCAGGUUAUUCAGAAAGAUUUUAAGGAACUUCAAGAAUUAAUUGUCCCUACUUAUCAAGAUAUUGCUUCGGAUUUGCAAUUCCGGAUAAGUCAGCUAGAAAGCAUAUACGAGUAUACCACAACAGUCAUCACAAAACACGGAGAAGAGUGGCACAGAGAAAUAGAAAAAUGUGUUAAUAACCUCAAAGCUUCAGUUAAUAAAAUGAAAACUAGUCAUAUCAAAGCUCUGAAGGAACAACAAGAUGAUAUCCUUAAAAAGGUUGAGACAAUUCAUGAGGCAGUUCAACUUUGUGAAAAUCUAGCAGAUGCCAAUGAUGUAUCUUUGACAUUGAGCUAUACAUCACUAAAUGAGCAAUUCAAGCGCCUCCCUCGAAAACUUGUUGGAUCUUUUCCAGUAUUCACACCAUUGCAGGUUCAAGAUGCAAUCUGCAAAUUUAGGGAUUUGUUUGGGAAUUUAACAAAUCUAUCCUUCAUAUAUGAAAAAUAUGGCUACAGUAUCAAAGGAGCGCCAAAAUCGCAAGAAAUUGGAUCUUCUCAAGUCAAACAACAUUUGUACGAGCCAAAAAGAGUAUGUUUUUCCUCCAGAGAAACGAGACAGCUGUGGAAUGAAGCUACAAGCUCAGUCUUUACUUCCAUCAAUAGUGGUGAAGAAAUCUUGGAAACAAGAAAUAACGACAUAAAACUCUUCAACAGUAAUCAAACUUCACUAGUCAAGUCACUUACUGACGGACUUCCUAGAAACAGUUUAACAGAUAUAGCAGUGACAGGCUGUGGAGAUCUUGCUUACAUUAGUUAUGAUGACGGAACACUGAAGAUCUUGCAGAACAACAAAACAGAGAAUGUGGUCAGGUUGGAGAACUGGCGACCUCAUAGCAUCUGCUGUACCUCUUCUGAUGAUCUCUUGGUUAUCAUGGAUAGUGAUGACAGAAAACAAACAAAACUCGUCCGUUAUUCAGGCUGCACAGCAAAAAAUACUAUUCAGUAUAAUGGUGAAUAUAAUCCUCUUUAUUCAUCUGGUAAAUGUAAAUACAUUAGUGAGAACAGAAACCUGGAUAUCUGCGUUGCUGACUGUGGAGCUGGGGCAGUAGUGGUGGUCAAUCAAGCCGGGAAACUAAGAUUCAGAUACACUGGUCAUAUUCCUGCUCCAAAGAAUAAGCCAUACCGUCCGAAAGGAAUCACCUCAGACAGUCAAAGUUACAUCCUAACAAGUGAUUACAACAAUGACUGUAUCCACAUUACAGACCAGGAUGGACAGUGUCUCCGUUACAUUAUUGAUAAUAUUUACAUUAUUCACUGUCAAAUUAGUUGUCACCCUGGGGGAUUACGUACAGAUACAAAUGAUAAUCUGUACGUUUGUGUUCCUUACAAUUAUUCUUCAUCAUGCCCGGGGUAUAAAGAAAUUUAUAGGUACAAAUACUUAGCGUGA